AUGCUGACUCAGGCCCUGUCCAGGACUGAGCAACCCAGAGAGCCCUCCUUGAGUUAUGCAGAUCAGGCUACGAGGAUUGGGGCCACCGAUUUUGAUGGUGAUGGUGACCCAGCAGUAGCCGAGGAGUGGAUUGAGAGGAUGGAGUGGACCAUGAGAGUGAUGGCCGUUCCACAGGAUCACAGAGUGACCUUGGCCACUUUCUUUUUGGCCAGGAAUGCGAGACACUGGUGGGAGUCGAUUAGGAGACGAUAUCAGGAUCCAUCCGCCAUCACUUGGCAAGUAUUUCGAGCAGCAUUCGAUAUCCAGUACUAUCCACUCGCAUACCAGAACAUGAAGAUGGAAGAAUUCUUGCAGUUGGAACAGGGGGUGUUGACUGUACUAGAGUAUGAAAAGAAGUUCCAUGAGUUAUCCAAGUAUUGCAUUCCACUGGUGCAGGAUGAAAGAAAGAAGUGUCAGUUGUUCACCCGAGGGUUGAAGGCGUUCAUCAGGGACAUUGUGAUUGGUCAGCGGCUGACUAACUUUGAGGACUUGGUCAUGUCUGCAUCCCUGAUUGAGAGUAGCCAGAUGAUGGUCCGACGACGGGGCGAUUCCCGUAGGCGAUAG